AUGGGCACCGCCAAUCUCAAUUCGUGUGAGUCUCCGCGAAAUUCGAUCCCCCCCUCUCCGGAACAUGAAAAAAGUGUCGCCAGUUUGUAUGAGUGGGGUUUGGAGUGUGUCGUACAUAAAAGUGAUCCUUUUUACAUGAAAAGGAUUACCUCACCCUCGCCCAUCCGUCACUAUUUUAACUCCGACGGGGCUCAUGAAAAAUCCCACUGUUUGCCCGUGCAAAAGUGCAUUUCGAGCCUGAAUUUGAGCCCCCGAAAAUGAAAAUGAUGCUCCGUCGAGUUGUUAUAAAUAAAAAACAAGGAGCGAGUCGCUAAAAUGGAUGGCCAUUCUUGUAAAAAAACACAACGAAAUUCCGCGCUCGCUCCUAAUUCGUUCUAGUUGUUCCGGUUGCAAAGUGUCGUGGCCCGCCUGGCAACCGCGCCUUGGUUGGUUGCAAAGUGUCUUAGUGAUGCCCAAAAAAUAAAAAAAAACAAAAAAAAAAGAUCACCGAGUUGUCGCAAAAAGUGUCAAGUGAACUCGCUCUUUUUGUGUCCUAUCAAUCAAAAAAGUAUCCGAGUAAAAGGGGCGCCCGAACAUUUUCCAUACUUUUUUUUGCCAUCCGACGAACCUCAGCCUCACUUUUUUUUGUUUUUCGAGCAAAAGUGCACGGCCGGAUAACUUGAGAAGGUGACGGGAAAAUCGGAACGGAAAAACAUGUCAUUUUCGUUCAAAAUUUCGUGUUUACGUCACUUUUUUUGUGGUUUUUAGUCGGGAUUUUUGAAUUUCAAUUGCGUGUGUGUGUGCGUGAAGGGUGUUUUAGCACAAAUAAUCGAUAGUUCUGGAGAUACAGUGGUUCAAAGGUGAGUCUGUUUGCGAUUUACCGAUGAUAUUUGAGCGUAUAACUUGAGAACAACGCGUUUUUCGGUGAAAUGCUCAACUACAAAGUUGUAGAGCAUAAAAUUUGCUAAAUAUUUUCUGUUGACAACAUUUUGAUAUGAUCAUUAGUUCCCGAGAUACAGGGGUUCAAAGAUAAGGCAGUUGGGUUUCUAGUGAUGAUUAUUCAACUGUCCAUAACUUGAAAACAAAGAGUUUUUCGAUAAAAUGAUCAACUACAAAGUUGUAGAGCAUACAAUUUCCUAAAUAUUUUCUGUUGACAACAUUUUGAUAUAAUCAUUAGUUCCCGAGAUACAGCGGCUCAAAGAUGAGACAAUUUUUGAGCUCACUAGUUUUAACAUUUAGUGAUACAUUGUGGCAAAUUCGUUGACCGAUCACUUUUGCAACCAAAUGAGCACCUCUUUUCUGAGCCACCCGGAACCGAUUUCCCUUCCUGUUCAUCCAAAAAGGUCCAAUUUUGUCGCAGCUGGACACCUUCCGGUUUCUCCUUAAAAACUUUCGCCGCACCGCCCAUUUCGAGGCCAUUCUUCUCGGUUUGAUCGGUCGCUCGAGCCUUCCCCUUAGUUAUUAUCAUUCUUAUUAUUAUUAUUAUUAUUAUUAUUACUAUUACUUUUCCUGCCACCCCUCUCGCCCAUUGCUUAUUCGAUUAACAAGAAGAAGAAGAAGAAGAAGAGGGCUCUCAGUGGCCAACAAACAUUUGUCUGGAAACAAACCAGCGAUGAGCCAGUUGUAUCCGACCAAAAACUCUGCGAAAUGUGCGGUUUCAGCUGCCGCACAAGUUAUGCUUCCAGGUAAUGUGCCAACUUUGAAGCCCGGUAUCUCGAGAACUAAACGUUAUUCAAAAAUGUUGUCAACUGUGAAUAUCUAGGAAAUUUUGUGCUCUACAAUUUUGUAGUUGACCGUUUUAUCUAAAAAUGCUUCGUACUAUCAAAACUUUCCUCAUCUUUGAACCCCUGUAUCUCGAGAACUAAUGGUUAUUCCAAAAAGUUGUCAACUGAAAAAUUAUCGCAAAUUUUGUGCCAAACAACUUUGUAUUUAACCAUUUCCGUCCAUACUCCUUACUUUUCGAGUUGUACGCUUUUAAACGCCACCAUCUUCAAUAAUCUUCAUCUUUGACCCAACGCGUCCAUUUUCUGUCUCGAAACUUUGUGCUGCACUUUGAACCACCCUCUAUUAUCCAAUUAUGUGCCAAAAUCUGUGACCUUUGCCCUCCGCCUCGAGUCUAGCCGCCUUCGAAAAGCGAAAAGUGGUGGGAAGAGAAGAGUCUGCAAAAAACGUCGAGAAGAAAAAUGAUAGUUUUUGUGGGUGGUGAGGGGGGAAGAAAAAUGAGACAUACAUCACGUUUUCACACUUUUCAAAUGAAAAAUAUGGGGGACAAUUGCAAUGACGUGAGAGUCAGUGUUGAGCGGAAUUCCGUCUUCCGUCUUCCGUCUUCCGGGAAAAAAAAAAGUUUUCUUCCGUCUUUCGUCUUCCGGGAAAAAACGUUUUCUUCCGUCUUCCGGGAGAAAAAGGUUUCUUCCGUCUUCCGUCUUCCGGGAAAAAAUUUGUCUUCCGUCUUCCGUCUUCCGGGAAAAAAAAAUUGUCUUCCGUCUUCCGGGAAAACAUUUUUUUUCCGUCUUUCGUGAAAAAAGGUUUUCUUCCGUCUUCCGUCUCCCGGGAAAAAAAAAGUUUUCUUCCGUCUUCCGUCUUCCGGGAAAAAAAGUUGUCUUCCGUCUUCCGUCUUCCGGCAAAAAAAAAGUUUUCUUCCGUCUUCCGUCUUCCGGGAAAAAGUUUUCUUCCGUCUUCCGUCUUCCGGGAAAAAAAAGUUUUCUUCCGUCUUCCGUCUUCCGGGAAAAAAAAGUUUUCUUCCGUCUUCCGGGAAAAAAAGUUUUCUUCCGUCUUCCGGCAAAAAAAGUUGUCUUCCGUCUUCCGGCAAAAAAAAAGUUUUCUUCCGUCUUCCGGGAAAAAAAGUUUUCUUCCGUCUUCCGGGAAAAAGUUUUUCUUCCGUCUUCCGUCUUCCGGGAAAAAGUUUUUCUUCCGUCUUCCGGGAAAAAGUUUUCUUCCGUCUUCCGGCAAAAAGUUGUCUUCCGUCUUCCGGCAAAAAGUUUUUCUUCCGUCUUCCGGGAAAAAAGUUUUCUUCCGUCUUCCGGGAAAAAGUUUUUCUUCCGUCUUCCGUCUUCCGGGAAAAAAAAGUUUUCUUCCGUCUUCCGGGAAAAAAAGUUUUCUUCCGUCUUCCGGGAAAAAAAAGUUUUCUUCCGUCUUCCGGCAAAAAAAAAGUUUUCUUCCGUCUUCCGGGAAAAAAGUUUUCUUCCGUCUUCCGUCUUCCGGGAAACAUUUUUUCUUCCGUCUUCCGUCUUCCGGCGUCGUCGUAAAUGAUCUGGACGACCAUUUAGGGCCAUCAAAAUCCCCCUCUGUUCCUUGAAUGUUUCGGAAAAGCUUUGGUGCCCAUCUCAAAGUCGGUACUUGAUGUGUCAAGUGUCAAGUGACAAUGUCAACGUCACAACAUGCCCACUUUUGAUUCGUCUUUCCCCCAAACCAAUCCGGCCGUCUGAGAGCUAUCCCAAUUCCACAAAUUAUUCAUGUGCGCGAUGAUGUAAGUGAUUUUCUCGACUUUUCGAAUAGCGUCACGCGACGAGUUCUUCUUCUUCUUCUUCUUCUUUUUCCAGUUAGCGAGCCCCGAAGAGUGCUCUCUAAUUGGUCAAAUGAGCACGAAAAUAGAAGCUCCUCCCUUCUUGCUUUGGCUCCCGCUCCGGCUCCGUUUAGUGUUCGUUCGUUUCCAUCUGAUAUACUGGAUACAUUCAGUUCAUCCCUUCUCCUUCUCCUUCUUCUUUGCCGACAAUCUCUUUCUUAGUUGAGGAAGAAGAAAAAAAAACAUGUGUAAGUUUGAGAUUCACUCCAAUUUUGAUGCGAUUAUAGAUCUAUAUAAUGUUUGUUGGGCUAGCAAAUUAUAGGCAAUGACGUCUUGUAAACACAUAAAUUUGUUCAGUGACUUCUAAUGCAUAUUUCAUCUGUUUGGGCCGUUCAAACAGCUAUUUAGAGCUUUUAGAAUCGAUUGUUGAGAGAAUUUUAGUAAAUUCUAUGUAAAAGCAUUCAUUUGAACCUAAAAACUACUAAUGCCGCGUCCAAUGUCUCGGAAAACCGGCAAAUCUCGCGGAUUUUGCACUCCAAAAUCGGCAGAAAUUUGCGGGAAAUCCGGGGUGCGCACAGCUGAACGAGUGUUACCGUACACCAUAAAAACUCUACGGUAUUUUUUUGAAAAUUUACAAAAAAAUUCUCGAGAAAUUUAAAUUUUUUUCAAAAAAAUACCGUUGAAAAAUUUAUCCAUGAAAUUUGAAAAAAAUUGCAAAUAUUCUCGAGAAAUUUAAAUUUUUUUCAAAAACCGUUGAAAAUUUACGCAAGAAAUUUGAAAAAAAUUGAAAAAUAUUCUCGAGAAAUUUAAAUUUUUUUCAAAAAAAAUACCGAUGAAAAAUUUACGCAAGAAAUUUGAAAAAAAUUGAAAAAUAUUCUCGAGAAAUUUAAAUUUUUUUCAAAAAAAAUACCGUUGAAAAAUUUACGCAAGAAAUGUGAAAAAAAUUGCAAAUAUUCUCGAGAAAUUUAAAUUUUUUUCAAAAAAAUACCCUUUGAAAAAUUUACGCAAGAAAUUUGAAAAAAAUUGAAAAUAUUCUCGAGAAAUUUAAAUUUUUUUCAAAAAAAUACCGAUGAAAAAUUUACGCAAGAAAUUUGAAAAAAAUUGAAAAUAUUCUCGAGAAAUUUAAAUUUUUUUCAAAAAAAUACCGUUGAAAAAUUUACGCAAGAAAUGUGAAAAAAAUUGCAAAUAUUCUCGAGAAAUUUAAAUUUUUUUCAAAAAAAUACCCUUGAAAAAUUUACCCAAGAAAUUUGAAAAAAAUUUCAAAUAUUCUUGAGAAAUUUAAAUUUUUUUUCAAAAAAAUACCGUUGAAAAAUUUACGCAAGAAAUGUGAAAAAUUGAAAAUAUUCUCGAGAAAUUUGAAUUUUUUCAAAAAAUACCGUAGUUUUAUGGUGUACGGUAACACUCGUUCAGCUGUGCGCACCCCGGAUUUCCCGCAAAUUUCUGCCGACUUUGGACAGAAAAAUCUGCGAUUUUUACGGUUUUUCCGAGACAUUGAACGCGGCAUUAAAUAGAGGGAUUUUGGACAAAAACUGGCCGAUGUGUGAUCAACAAUCCCAAAAUGAGUACACAAAAAGAUGGUGGUGGCAAGUAAUGCGCGCACUAACUCACCUGAUACCAAUCUUUUGACUCAUUCCCGGCUCCCCGUGGAGCCAUUUUAAAAAAGAACGAGACUGAGAGUUUCUUUGGGCAUGCAUACUGGGAGGGGAAAACGGAAUUGGAUUAUGAAUUGAGCGAGAGAAGAAUGGACUCACUUUGAAAAAGUGUGUCCAUUCUUCUCUGUCUGACUCUCAACUACUCCACUCCAGAGUUGAGCGCAAGAACACGGGGAGAAUUUUUUUUAAUCUUUUUUAGAAAAUUUUUUCAUGAAAUGUGAUCAACUGACGAAAUGUAUAGCAAAGUGAACUGUGCUCAUAGAAAAAUAAUUGUAAAUUUAGCUUUUCAUACAAAAAAGUUAUUCAAGUUGUUCCGUGAAAAAGAGGGCUAACGGAACAACUCGAAUAACUUUUUUGUAUAAAAAGCUAAAUUUACAAUUAUUUUUCAAUGAGCACAGUUCACUUUGCUAUACAUUUCGUCAGUUGAUCACAUUUGAUGAAAAAAUUUUCUAAAAAAGAUAAAAAUUCUUCCGGUAAGUUCUUCCGCUCAACUCUGCUCCACUCUUUUCAUUGUUUUUGAAACCGACAAUAUCAGAAUCAUGUUUCAGACUACGAAAUGUACAAAAUCCAUCGUCAAGGCCAACAACAACAGCAGCAACAGCAGCAAGCGAACGGGACCGUCGGCAGUGAGGAGACGAAGAAGCUGACGAAAAAAGUGAGCGUUUGGGGUGAUUUAUCAAGGGACCACGGGUCAUCCGCAUCCGCAUCAUCCUCAUCAUCAUAUGUGCCCCGGGUCUCGAAUUACCACGCACUUCACCAAAUUGGUCCCCGGCAGCUCGGCUGGUCGCGCCACUUGUCGAAGUGCAAACUUUUCACUACUUUCUUUUCUCAAAAAUUCGAAAGUAUGAAAACUUUCUUAGGCCCCUAACUUAUUAAUGGCCGUUUUACACCGCUUUCGAAAACGCUUUCAUAAAAGAAAAGCGCUUUGCUCGUCGUAUUUUCUUUGCUCUACAUUCCACGUCAAUUCAAAAACUCGUUUUUUUUUCAAAGCUGCUCGUAUAUGAACGCAUUUUUCGAGUAUUUUGAUGAGAACGGUCUACCGCCGUCGAAACAAGUCAGCGCCAAAAAAGUUCGGUUCGAUUUAGACAAGGUAUAUCAUUUAAGUUGAUCUUAUGGGAGUUUCAAGAAAAGUAAUUCUUGAAUGUGGUCCCCACAGAACCGGUUUCAGAAGUCGAAAUCGCCGCUCGACGAUGAGGACGAGGAAAAGACGAAAGUGAAAGUGGCGACGAUUCGGAUUGAGGACGACGAGGAGGAUGAGAAACGGCGGAUGGAGCGCAAAAAACGGACCCAGGAGGAUAUGGUCGCCGAUUUUGUGAAAAUCCUCGAGCAAAUGAGUGAGUGACUUCACUUUGAACCUCCGUAUCUCCUUUCAUUUUCAAGAUUUUCGGUUGAUUAAAAAACAAAUCGAAAGCUGAUUUCCUGCUCUACAACUUCUAGUUGAACUUUUUUCACCAAAAUGCAUGUGAACUGCGAUAUUUUCACUUUUCUCGUACAUUCUCGUUCUGAGACGCUCCUGCGCUUCCUUGAAAAAACCAAAGUAGAGCUGACAAUAUGGGCGUGGCCUCGGCGGCCAAAAGGCGUUUUCAUGAAUUGAGCAGGUUUUCUCUGAUUUUUGUGCUCAAAGGCGAUGAAAAAUGAUUGUUCGACAUGAAAACACACUAAUUCUCUGAAUUAAUGAGGUUUUUGCGCAUUUUUCGCGGACUUUGUUUUUUCGCAUUCGCCGCCUAAAAACCGCACUUCUCAUUUUGCGCUUUCUUGACCGUUUUCAGACAGAAUUGGUUUUGAGAAUGAUAAAUCACGUAAAUACAAGCAUUUUGAGCGCUCGAACCGCGAAAAUUACCGAAAAGCAACUGAAAUUCACGCAGUUUUAGCGAAAAACCUUCAAACGGAUAAAUGUGAUUUGCGACUUGACGCUCUUGCGCUUAAAAAAUUCGUAAUAGCCUAUAAAAUCGGUCUAUCGAGAGAGACAAAUGAGAAAUUAUCGAUUUUUCGUGUGGCUAAUCUGGUAAAAAACACAAAUUUUGCUGUUAAAAUUUGAAUUUCGCGCCAAUGUAUCGCUCUAUUGGGCGGGGCGCCGCACUUGCGUCCAUUGUCAGCCCUGGAGACCGUGAGCACAACAACAUUUUCUAUCAAAUCACGAUUUCAGUGAACCCCCGGCAAGCGGUGACCUCGAUAAUCUCGGCGGCGAUGGGAGUGGCGGCGAUCACAGUGGCGCUCGUAUUUUUCGGAAGCCUACCCGAAAGUGCCGUCAACGCAAAGCAACUCGUCAUUAUUCUCGCGGUCUAUGGUAGGUUAACGCUAGCUGCUCUUCAAUUAAAAAAAAACAUUUAAAAAAUAUUCCAGGAAUACUGCAAAUCGUGCUCGCCACCGCGUUCUUCAUCACGUGCAUGCAGACGACAAUCGCCGUGUCGAAGGGUGUCAAAGACGCCUUUCAAAUUGUGAUCGGCCUUUUGGUGGCGCUCAUCUACGUGGCAGUCACGCUCAUUUCGCUCGCCGUCGGCAUUUUCGGUACGGCUUUUAUUGUAUUACGGAAAUGCGAAAAAGCAAUCGCUUGCAGGCUUCUACAAAACGCUGUGCAUAGUCUCGUUCGUCGAGUACGACGAUCUCGAGUCGCAAUUCUACUGCCCGCCGCCCGUUUUCUAUACAUCUCUCACCGUAUUCAUCCUUCAUAUCGUUCUCAUUGUCGCCAAGUGCUGCUGUUGUAAAUAA